GCUGUCUCCGACCAGCCAUUUAUUAUCAUUGCCAGCUGGUGAUAAUCAAAUCACAGUUGGCCGGCGCGCUUUUCGCUACUCUCCCCGAAAAUGAGGCUUCGGGUUCGCGGGCCUGCUGGGCAGUCCACUGUAACCCUGGAGGAUCUGGCGACUGUCGAGGAUCUCCACACCGUGAUUGCGGAGAAGACUGGCUUGACGACCUAUGACGCCAAAUACGGCUAUCCAGACAUCAAGCCACUGGAUCUCAGCAUCUUCGCGCCGGGGCAGAAGAUCACAGAUAUCGGCAUAAACCUGAAUGGGGAGCAGCUUAUCAUCACGAAAAGGGAGGACGGAGCCAAUGGCGGCACUCAACACCAACAAGAACAGCAACACAUCGACAUUAGGGUGCCGCCGUCCCAACAGCCCCGGAAGGAACAUGCUCAGGACUCGGACGAUCCUCCCGAGAUUGCCUCUCCAGAACACUCAGGCACGUUUGUUCUCCGGAUCAUGCCAGAUGACAACUCGUGUCUCUUCCGUGCCGUAGGCAGUGCUGUCACGGGAGGCAUGGAUACCAUGAACGAGCUGCGUUCCGUUGUCGCGCAAACGAUCCAAGCCAACCCAGACGUCUACUCGGAAGCCGUGCUGGAGAAGAAAACAGAUGACUACUGCCGAUGGAUCCAGAAUGAGAACUCGUGGGGCGGAGGCAUCGAGCUCAGCAUCCUCAGUAAGCAUUUCGACAUUGAAAUCUGUUCGAUCGACGUCCAAAGCCUGCGGACAGACCGUUUCAACGAGGGCGCUCCAACUCGAUGCAUCGUCGUCUACUCGGGGAUUCACUACGACACCAUCGCCCUCUCCCCCUCUGACCCGCCUUUCACUCACGCCUACGCACCCCCGGACUUCGACACCAAGAUUUUCGACGCCGCGGACCCCGUGGUGCUCGACAAGGCGCUGGACCUGUGCAAGGUCCUUAACAGCAAGCAUUACUUCACCGAUACGGCCGGGUUCCGCAUCCGGUGCAACACAUGCAAGGGGAUCUUCAUUGGCGAGAAGGGUGCCGCGCAGCACGCAACACAGACGGGUCAUUACGAUUUUGGCGAGGCGGACUAGCAUUCAUUACCUUGUCAAAACUUUUUUAAGUAUAUUUACCAUCAGACAUUCUUGAAUAGAACAGAGAUAUUCUUAAUGUAAAACUUUUAUAUCCAGCUGAGCUGGUUCGUCGCCGGGUGUCGUCGGAAAAUACGCAA